CUGCCAAAGGUGCGCCUAAUGCAAGGGAGCAAGUACGCUCAAACGGAGUCCAUUGAGAGAACCAGGCUGAUUUGUAGCAAGCAAGUAAGAUGGAUGGCUCUCUAGCAAAUCAAUGGACAAAACAGAAAAUCGGAUGUGGGAGACGUAGACAUUAUACUUUCUGACCCACUUACCACAGAGGUAGGAAAGUACUAACAGUUCCCAAGGGAGACAAGCAGAACAAAAUUUAUGAGGCAAGGGACGUGAUAAGCGCACUUGUUACAAGGCGAGACUGAGAGGAGGCAGCAUGUUCGUCACCUGCUGCUCGUAACAUUGCUUCUCUACCACCAUGGUCAACCUUGAUGACCGCACUGCUACCCGAGGAGCAGUGGAAGGGGAUGGGCGGAGACCUGGUCCUAAGAGUCACGUGGCGCCAGAUACCCGGGGUUUGCCGGUGGACAGAGGCUAUGCGUGGGUCAUCGCUUUUUCAUGCAUGUUCUGCAAUGCCGUGUGCAUGGGUCUACAGCGGGGAAUCGCCAUCCUCUUCGUGGAGUUCAUCUUCAUGUUCCAGAAGUCAGCCAGUGAAACCUCCCUGAUUUUCUCCCUUCAAACGGGAGCCAUGAGUGUGGCGUCUUAUUGACACAGACGGUCCUGGUGUCUUUUCUGGGCGAGCGUCAGCUGGUCUUCGUGGGAGGCCUCAUUGGCGGUGUGGGCUUGACCCUCAGCUUCUUCGCCCCGAGUCUGUACAUGUUGUACAUCACAUCAGUCUCUUUGGCGGCAUCGCCCUUUCUUUGAUCAUAAACCCGACUCUGGUGAUCAUCAACAUGUACUUCAACAAGCGGCGCUCGCUGGCCACCUCCAUAUCUGCUCUGGGGGGCAACAUGGGGGCCAUGGUCUUCCCCAUCUACACCCAGACCCUCAUCUCGGAGCUGGGUGCCCACGGGGCGAUGUUGGUGCUGGGCGCAACGUAUCUGAACGUGCUGGUGGGCGGGAUGCUGCUGAGACCGUUUCAUCUAAACAAGAGGAAGACAAUGAAAGACGAGGAAGCUAUGGCACUGACCCGAGCUGAAGACGAUGGCGAGGCCUUGGACACAGAGAGUGUCUGCAAGACGCCUGGUGCCGGACAGACCACAGCCUACAGUCGCCAGCAGUCUGUGACUGCCACGUCUAGCGACUCCCAGCAUUCCCUCGCCGUCGCGCGCGCCCUCAGCGCACCGGAACUGACUGUGAUGCCACCGGAACUGACGUACAGAUAUCAAAGCGAUUCCCGUGAUACAGAAGGCGAAGAGUUUCCAGUAGACAAACAAGAAGCCGAUGAUAGUUUCCUCUAUGAGCAUUCGCCAGAAAGAAAUGUUGUGAGAAAGGAAACUCAGAUUCUUAACAAUUCGGAACUGUCCAAAGCACCUUCACAAUCUAUGGAAGCGUCUGGGUCAAAGGAGAGAAAGCCAUGCGAAAAGGUCCUCGCCAUCUUUGACAUCAGCCUGUUUAAGCUGCCGCUUUUCUGGCUGGUUAUCGUGUCCUCGUGUUUUUCGAGUAUUGGCAUGGUGAUGAAUAUUUACAUCCCAUCCCUGGCGGAGGAGAAAGGCAUCAGUUCCCAGGAUGCCGCGAUCCUUCUGACCAUCAUAGGCGCGUGUGGCAUGACGUCACGCUUGCUGAUUGGCUACCUAGCCGACCUGAAUCUCAUUCGGCGCUCGACAUUGCUGGCCUUGACCUUGCUCUUCACCGCCAUUCCAGCCUAUUUUGUUCCUCUGUACCACACUUUCACCUCCAUAGCAGUCUUCUCCGCCAUCUUUGGCAUCUUCGGGACGUCACAGCUGUCGUUGAUGCCUGUUGUGAUGGUGGACCUGCUGGGUGUGCCCAACAUGAGCAAGACGCUCGGGUACAGUCUGCUCUCAUCCCUGGGUCUGUGCUGUCGGGAGCCAUCUUCUUUGUAGGUUACCUGCGGGACGUCACCGGAAGCUAUGAUGCAUCCUUCUUGUUCAUGGCCUCCUGCAGCCUGGCAGGCAGCCUCUUCAUGGUCGCCACUCCUCUUGUAGAGAGACUGGAGGCGCACGUGAGUGCAAGGCAAGCGACGUCA